AUGGCGCCCUUCCUGAGCAAGAUUAAAUUGCCCAUAUUUGGCCGAAUCGGCCGAAUAGGAAGCGAUUCAUAUGGCCCUGAUCCAGAACCAGAGCCAGACAUCGUCUACUACUGGAAACCUUUCGAGAAAAAGUACGGUUUUAUGUCGAUGUGGUACCCAUCGCCGUUCCGCGACAGUUACGACCCGUCAAAAGUUUACCCAACAGCUGAGCACUACUACUUACACCACAAAGCGCUCUUAUUCGAUGAACCGGAAAUCGCCGCCGAGAUCCUUAGGUGUAAAUCUCCACAUAGGGCUAAAGAAAUGGCCCAGAACCUUGAGAACUUUGACCAAGCUAUCUGGGAAAGCCAUCGUGAGCGCAUCCUUUACGACGCAAAUUGGCAUAAGUUCACGGCACCAUAUAUCCCCCGUGACACCCUCCCCGCUGCCUGUGAGUCAUGGUUUGAAAUGUCCAACGAGGCAUCUAAGCAUUCGAAACGAUUAAAGGAAGCUCUGCUAGAGACAGGUAACCGACAGAUUGUCCAGGCAUCACCGUUUGACUACAUUUGGGGCAACGGAUAUUGUUGGAGGGUAGCAUGGCAACGGCGCCUGAGGUGGGGUCUCAAUCUUCAAGGAAUAAUCCUCAUGGAACUACGAGAUCGCAUCCGACGUGAGGAAGAAAUAAAGAUGAUGAUGGAGACCUUCGAAAACUAG